AUGUGGCUAUCCGUCCCCACGAACAACGACUCCUCCUCUACCGAAAGCACAUACAGCUACAUGACCUCCUCGUCGAGCACGCGCCCUCCCUCCUUCUCCUCCUCCUCCUCUUACGAUCCCCGGUCUGAAGCCGGCUCUCGCGGCACAGCCGGUUCUACCGAGACCGUACCACAUGUUCCUUCACAUCCCUGCACCCGCUAUCCAUCCACCCUUCGCGUGGCAAGCUUGAGUGGAAAGGCCUCAAUAAGAGACGUGGAACAGCUAGCCGUCCAGUACGGCUCCAUGGCGCACAUGGGCCUUCUCGAUCCCAGCUACAGCGUGUUCGUCAACGAAGCUAAAACGGGUGCGAUAUGUUUCAAGACCCUGUACAAAAUUGCCGUCGUCAUGGGCGAUCCGAUGUGUGACUUGGCACAGAUUGCCAGCCUCCUCUCCGAGUUUAGCCUAUACCGGCGGCGGAAACGCUGGGGCAUGGCCGUGUUGGGGGCGAAGACAGAGCUGGUGCGGUAUUUCAGCGAGGGUGAGGCCGAGUCCCGAUCCACGAUACUGCAGUUCGCGAGAGAGCGAGUCUUGAACCCGCUGACAAACAGUGUCGUGAACGAGACCAGUGGAAAGCGUAUCUUAACGCAAUGCCGUCAGCUUCUGGAUGCACGCAAGGGAGGCUUGACCCUUCACAUUUAUAUCCCUUCCCUCCAUGGACCCGACCACAGGCUGGAGGCGGAGCUUCGUGCAUUAUACGACGACUGGCGCACGGCCCGCAACAAGUCCCGCCGACCACAGGCGUUUAUCACCCAGUACGAUCCAUUCCUGAUGCCGCACCUCAUGACCUACAUCUACACUACCGGCCCAGAUGGUGCGGUAAACGGCUUCGCAGCCUUGCGAUGGAUCGGCGCAAAUGAUGGCUACCAUAUCGAUCCAUGCAUCGCAGCCCCUGGAUCCCGGAAUGGCAUCAGCGAUCUUCUUUUGUUCGCAGCCAUGGCAUACCUCCGGCAAUUGGGUGUCUCCCACUUGAGUCUUGGAUUGGAGCCACUAGAGUCUAUUGAGCCUGUCUCUGAGAUGUCUCCUUUGCUCGCACACCUCACACAGCGGAUAUACCAACAUACCUUUCGGCGUCUGCCGAUCCCGGGGAAACGGGCCUACUUUGACAAGUUCAAACCGGACGACAAUCAAGAUGCACCGGUAUAUCUAAUCUUUUCUUCGACGAUUCCCGAGCCGCGGCAGGUGGUUGCUGUUGCUCAUAUUGCCAAUAUCAGCAUUCGAAGGCUGUUCAUUCGAGAGAAGCAGAAAGAGGCGUCUUAG